CCAACUCUGAGAGUAUUUUAUCCAAUGCGCUAUUUGCUUCUUCUCAUUCCUACUGCUCAUUGCAAUUCGCUUCUCUAAUUCACCGUUUGCCUUGUAAUCGCAGGCUCAGUGUUCUCUUUAGCCCUGCAUGACAAGCAAAGUCAUUCUGUCUUCCAACUAUGGAUCUAUUCACCACGAGACCACCAGCCAACCUCUACCUCGGACUGUGUUUAGUACCUUUGCAACGUUUGGAUUAGCCUUUACCAACAUUGGUAUCUUGUCCAACCUGUCUGCUAGUUUUCAGACUGGCAUUCUUAGUGGCGGACCGGUGACCAUGAUCAGUAGCUGGAACGUUGUGGCGUUCUUUAUGUUGUGCAUUGCUUUAUCACUAGCUGAAAUAUGCUCGGCGUAUCCAUUCAAUGGUAUAUACUACUGGGCAUAUGAGCUGGUCAAGCAAGGUGGUGGAACCAAAAGCGGCAAGGCUGCUCCGUUUGUCGCCUUCGUUACAGGCUGGAUUUACUGUCUUGCUAUGAUCAUUGCUGCUGGAUCGGCAGAUCUUUCCGUAGCUCUUGCCAUUGCUUCUAUGAUAAGAAUGAUGUCGGAUGGCGCUGUCGAUCUAUCUAUGACAACCACCCUCAUACUGGCUAUUGCAAUUUUGCUUAGCCACGCUUUGCUCAAUGUAUGGAACAUGCAAUUGAUUUCCUUACUCAAUGAAGUCAGCGUGUGGUGGUCCUGCGGUGGUCUCGUCGUUAUCUGUGCUAUUUUAGCCGCUUUCACUCCACAGCACAAUGACGUCUGGUGGGUUUUGACUGAUUAUGAAAACUAUACUGGCUUUUCCAGUGUAUCUUAUGUGGUCAUGUUGAGCAUGGUGUGCGCUGCCUACACGCUCUUUGGUUGUGAAUCUGUUGCACAGGUGGCGGAGGAGACGGAGGAAGCGGACAGCGCCGCCCCCUUCGCUAUGGUAGCGUCCAUUGCGGUGUCCUGGUUCGUCGGGCUUAUCUUUUUGUUCAUACUUCUUCUCUAUACCCAAGAUAUUCAGAGCAUCGAACAAACCCAGUUUGAAAUGCCAAUCGCACAACUAUUCUUGGAUGCUGUAGGGUCUCGUUGGACAAUGGUUUUAUUGGUUGUUCUGGUGGUAUCACAGUACUUUACCGGUUGCACGACAAUCACCCUAGUGUCCAGAUUGAUCUUCUCACUAGCAAGAGAUCAUGCCGUUCCUAUGUCGGAUAGACUCUCACAUGUCAACGACAAAGCAAUUCCUGAUAAUGCAGUGUAUGCAGCCACGGGAUUUGCCAUCUUCUUCAUAUCGCCCUAUCCGUUUAGUGAUUUUGUUUUCAAUGCUGUGUUGAGUGCCACCACCGUGACAGCUAAUUUAACCUAUGCCAUCGUCUUACUGUGCAGGCUCAUAGUCCCCAUCAAGGUGAGAGGACGGUUCAGCUUAGGAGCUUUUUCAACUGUAAUCACCGCUCUAGGAUUCAUCUGGACGAUUUUCGCUGUGGUUGCCUUUAUUCUUCCUACUCGAUGGCCAAUCACGGUCGAUAAUUUCAAUUACGCUAGCUUGGGAGUGACAGGCGUCAUCUUGUUCACCCUACUGAAUUGGUGGUUUUGGGCUAAAGAUCAAUAUCAUGGUCCAACAGCUCAUGUCAACCUCAAUCAUGUGUACAUACCAGCUACUUCGGUAGCAUAGUUUUCAUUACUAUCUCUUACAAGAGACCAAAACAUUCGUUUUGGCUGGUUUUUACUUUGUAUGUAAUAAAUUUUAAGUGAGAGAGGCGUGGUUUAUAGUUUAA